ACUCUCGUGUAGGAAGCGUCAGCCGCGCGAUUAGCGCCGUAGAAAACCUCUUUUUUUAUCAGUUCUUUCCACCUCGAUAUAUCGCCGAUCACGGUGAAGUGAACCGCGCGUGCAAAAAGAGGCAACCGAUACGUCCGAUUUCGUAAGGCGAUCGUUUUUCGAAUCGAAGUCUGACGAAACAUCAGUGAAAACGUAAACAAGUCGUGCAUCACGACAUGCACGUCAUGUGUGCCCGUACGUGAACGGCGAGUGUACGGAAUCUGUCGCAACGGAUUCGCGAAAUUAAACGAUCGCUCGAUUAAUCGCGGAGGGAAGAUCGAACGAUGAAGCAGUGAAACCUUGAAACCGUCCGAGCGGGAAGUUUGCGGUAUCAGCUGUUUCCUUCGGCGGUGCAACAUCGCAGAUUUUGAAACGAUGCUGUAGACGAUAUAAUAAUUCAGCGAAGUGGACAGCAACAAAUAACGGUCGUUCACCUAACGCAGCACACGAGAACCAGUCUCUACGUCGUUGAACGAGCGGUGUUAACAAUUAGUGCCACGUAUUGGAACGAUCGGUUCGAUCGGUCGUUGAACAUCCUUUACGAUUAACGACACGCGAAAUGGCCCGCGUGAAAUCGGACGCGUUACGAUUGGCCUUUUUCGUUGCGGUGAUAUAGAGAGCGUGCUUCGAUACGGGGUAACAGGUGCAGCGGACGGGAAGCUGGCUGGCGCGAGGAAAUUUACACAGUUGGGCGCGAACGCGUUGACGUGUUGAAUGUCGAGGCGUUGUAGUUGCAGUUAUAUUCGGUUCGAGAGUUUAAUCGUCUGGUGAUACUUUCGGUGAAUAUUUGGUGAGAAUCGAGUGUGGAUUUGGUGCGGGUACGAGGCUGUCUCGGUAUAUGGCACUGGAUUGGGUCGUCAUAUUGGAAAAGUGAUAGGGGCACGUGGGUGCGUAUCAAUACGAAUUUGCCCCGAAAGGUCGGUUCGUUACGUGGGAGCGAUUACGCGAGGCGAGUAGCGGCGAGUUCAGUCAUCGUACGAAUUCCAGCGCGGCGGAAGUGACGAUACGAGCCGCUUCCUCGAACUUGUGUCGGUGAAACACGCGUGGGGCGUGUGUGGUACGUGUGUUCGCAACGUCCGGACGUUUACUGGUCCGUUCAGAUGCUCUGAGCAGAAGAAGAAGGAGGGUAACGGUGACCGAUAGAGAAAGUGUAUCGAGGAAAGAAGGACGAUGCAGUCGCGGCCAAGUAUCGCGAUCCGGUGUUAUUGCAGGCGGACGAGCGUGCGACGUCCUGCGAGACGCACGCUCGGUCCUUGAAGGACAACCGCGUUUUUCGUCUCCGGAGGAUGGAUUGCUCUCGAAGGAACGAGUUGCACCAGAGACGAGCAGCGGUUGGUUCUUACAUGACGACCACGCUGUCUUAUGAACCUGAUUGUCUCACUUGGUCGAGGCGCCUCGCCACGCUCAGCGCACGAUUAUGCAGCUGAAGAAAGCGAUGCUUAAGAUAUUCGAUCAAUUAGGCCUGCACUUGCGGAGCAUCGAAGAGCCGAGGAUGACGGCGGAGACGGCAGCUCCUUGUGUGCAGGGGAUGCAAGGGGUGCAGACCGUUAUGGCAGGUCAAGGCACAUUGCAACAAGUGCAAGAUGGAAAAUCCGGUGGUUACUAUUGUUCCACUUCUGCCGUCUACGAUGCGGAAUAUGCUCGCAUGGAAGCUUGGCUCGACGAACAUCCCGACUUCGUCAACGACUACUUUCUUAGGAAAGUGACGAGACAGACAGUGGACAUGUGGCUGGUAUCACACGCGACGCCAACAUCUUCGUCGAGCAGUUGCAUGGAGCUGUCGAGUCCGACUCACACCGGUGGCACAUCGUCCUCGGGUCGAGGUGGUUCUGGUGGAUCAGGUGCGACGACACCCGUUCGAAAGAUCUCGGCACAUGAAUUCGAACGAGGUGGUUUAUUAAAACCGAUCGUUAACACGAUCGACGGUACACCGACCUUCCUCAGCGUUUCACCCGGUGAUUCCGGCCAGCCGGGUGUACAACAAGUUGGCUCUGGAAACUCGAGCAGACCCCAAAGACGAUCCAGACAUGAGCUCAGGCAUCUCGACGAAAAGGAUCUCAUCUUUGAAUUGGUUAAGGACAUCUGUAACGAGCUAGACGUGAGGUCAUUGUGUCACAAGAUCUUGCAGAACGUGAGCACCCUGUUGCACGCCGAUCGUGGCUCGCUGUUUCUCGUCCAGGGCGAAAGAGGUGGUGGUUGCAUGCCUUCGUCGCAAAAUCACGAUUCCACGUCGAAUUAUUCGAGCGGCAACGCGAACCUAAAUAAAACGGGAAACGGGAACUCGGAACAACGUGGCGGUACGGGAUACUCGAGGAGCAGAUGUCUGGUCUCGAAGUUGUUUGAUGUGUGUUCAAGGUCGACGUUACUCGAGAUGGAGAAGAAAGACGAGAUCAAAAUUCCCUGGGGCACGGGAAUCGUCGGAUACGUCGCUGAAAGCGGGGAACCUGUUAACAUACCGGAUGCUUACAAGGACUCGAGGUUCAAUCGUGAAAUCGAUGCAUUAACAGGGUAUAGAACUAGAGCCCUAUUGUGUAUGCCAAUAAAGGACUGUAGUGGAGACGUAAUUGGAGUUGCACAAGUAAUUAACAAACUUGGUGGCGAAGGUCAAUUCACCGCACAAGACGAAAAAGUUUUCGCUGGUUAUUUACAAUUUUGUGGUAUUGGAUUACGAAAUGCACAAUUGUACGAAAAAAGUCAAUUGGAAGUGAAACGAAAUCAGGUACUUUUGGAUUUGGCUAGAAUGAUUUUCGAAGAGCAGAGUACAAUAGAACACAUGGUGUUGCGAAUAUUAACGCACACGCAGUCGUUGAUACAAUGCCAACGAGUACAGGUUCUCCUCGUGCACAAAGCGUCAAAGGGUAGUUUUUCCCGGGUGUUUGACUUCGAGGCGAACGACCUUACCGGCGAGGAUUCAGAUUCUCGCACUAGAAACCUUACAUGUAUUCGGUUUUGUUCAUGCAGUCCAUUCGAGAGUAGAUUCCCUAUAAAUGUUGGCAUCACUGGUUACGUUGCUACGACUGGUGAGACGGUAAAUAUACCGAAUGCCUACGAGGAUCCAAGGUUCGACCCUUCGGUUGACGAUGGUACCGGUUUCAGGCAUCGUACCAUACUUUGCAUGCCCAUCAAGAACUCAUCGGGUCAGAUCAUCGGCGUCAUUCAACUGAUCAACAAGUUCAACGACCUCGCCUUUACAAAGAACGACGAGAAUUUCGUCGAAGCGUUCGCUAUUUUUUGUGGCAUGGGCAUUCAUAAUACGCACAUGUACGAAAAAGCUGUGAUAGCAAUGGCCAAACAGAGCGUCACGUUAGAGGUAUUGAGUUACCAUGCUUCUGCAUCGUUAGAGGAUGCACAAAGACUUAGGGGCUUGAGAGUGCCUUCCUCAGCGCAUUUUCAGUUGCACGAUUUUAAGUUCGACGACAUUCACAUGGAAGACGACGAUACGCUAACCGCGUGUCUUCGAAUGUUUUUGGAUCUCGACUUCGUCGAACGUUUUCAUAUAGAUUACGACGUUCUUUGUCGUUGGCUUCUCAGUGUAAAAAAGAAUUACCGAAAUGUUACGUACCAUAAUUGGCGUCACGCAUUUAACGUCGCUCAAAUGAUGUUCGCCAUUUUAACUGCCACACAAUGGUGGAAAAUUUUUGGGGAGAUCGAAUGUCUCGCUCUGAUAAUUGCUUGUUUGUGUCACGACUUAGACCAUAGAGGCACGAAUAACUCUUUCCAAAUUAAAGCAUCAUCACCACUGGCACAACUGUAUUCGACGUCGACGAUGGAGCACCAUCACUUCGAUCAGUGUCUGAUGAUACUAAGUAGUCAAGGAAACCAAAUCCUGUCGAAUUUAUCCCCCGAAGAAUAUUCUCGCGUGGUAAAAGUUCUUGAAGAGGCGAUCCUCUCUACCGACCUAGCAGUUUACUUCCGAAAGAGGGGCGCUUUCCUUAGUUUAGCCAGGGGUGGUGGUUACAAUUGGGCAUAUAGCGAACAUCGAGAACUUCUGCGAGGAAUGUUAAUGACCGUCUGCGAUUUAGCUGCUAUAACCAAGCCUUGGGAUGUCGAGAAAAGGGUAGCAGAAUUAGUCAGCAGCGAGUUCUUUGAACAAGGAGAUAUCGAAAGGCGGACCCUCAAUAUUACUCCCAUUGACAUUAUGAAUCGAGAAAAGGAAGAUCAGCUACCAAUCAUGCAAGUUGGCUUCAUCGAUUCGAUCUGCCUUCCUAUUUACGAGGCAUUUGCUUUAUUAUCGGAUAAGCUGGAACCGUUGGUCGAAGGUGUACGUCAGAAUAAACAACACUGGCUCGAGAUUGCAGAGUCCAGAUGCAAGAUGGAGAACUGCACAAACCAUGAUAGGACGCCAACGAUGACCGAUAACGAAGUAACCAGCGAGCAGGCGGACCAAUAAUCAUUCUUACGAAAUGAUAGAAUAUAGUAAUAAUAGUAAUUUUGCCUGUUUUCGGAACAAAAAAUUUCUAUGGGGGCAGGUGUUCGCCAUCACAGUACAUUCUUAAAGCUGUGCACCUUUGUCUCGAUACUAUAUAGGUAUUAUAAACAUCAUGAGUUAUAAUUUAUUCAUUUUUAUACUGAUCGUCGAGAAAUAUUCUUGGUAUUAAUGAUUCGUGAUCGCAACUGCAGGAAGAAAUAGUAAACGUUUUUUUUUUCUUUUUUUAGAUUAUUGAGGAAUCAGUCUUGAUUGCUUUUUCUUUUUGGAGUUUUGUUCUUGCAUCGCAUGAGGCCUAAGUUUGGCCUGUAACUGGUAUGGUGGACAUUUUGUGGGGACCAUAACCUCACAGAAAUAUUUAGAAACUUAUAGGAUACUUGUCAAGGAUAAAUUAUUAUAAUAAAUUAUUGUAGGUAAUUUGCAAAAGUUUCCAUUAUUUUUAAGACAAUUUUUUAUUAGUAUUUGGUAGUUGAUAGAAUAUUUUUAAUCCAAGUAUUUUGUCUCUGUGGGAUAAAGAAGAAAUCUGUAUUCUUAGAGCGAAUAGUCAUUAACGUUGGUAAAUUAAUAAUAAUUAUUAUUGUGAAAUCAUUUAUAAAUCCUAUGUAAUACAAUAAUAAUAACAAUUGUCCAUAAAUGUGACAAAUGUCUUUUGUCGCUUUAGUAGUUAUUUUGUGCUGACUAAAUAAUGACGAAUAUGUGUCCUAUCAAUUCUCAUCCUCGCGCGAAUUAAGAAUGUAGUUAUGUCAAUAGAUAUAGAUUAUCCCGUGUCACAUUUUAUGCAAAUUAAUCAACAUUAACAUAAUAAAACAGAAUACCUUACAAUGGAAACUUUUGCACAGCAUCAAAUAAGAAAAAGAUAGUAUUGUUUAUACUUAAAAACUAGAUAAGUAACAUUUUAUAAAAUGUAACUCGGGUCUUAUGGACCCCACCUUACCAGUUUCGGGUUAACGUGAACAACUUGUUCCAAUACUCGAACGUCUUAAAAAAAAAAGGAUUAUUAUCAUGUAUAUUUUACUAUUGGUGAAGUAAGAAAGACCAUGGAGGCUUGAAGGUGAUUAUGUUUAAGACGAUCGAGGAACUUCGUCCUCUCUUUAGUAAUAAAAUAGAUCGACCCCUUAGAUGCUACUCUUGUACCUGAUCGUAUUAUACGUAUACUUAUUAUGGCAGAUCUUUGAUGUUCAGAGAGGACGAAGAAGGACGAAACGAAAACUACGAAAAGGCGAGAAAAAACGAAAACCACCCGGAAGAAUCAAAAUGAUCUUCCUUUUGUAUACGAUGAUUAUUAAUUGAAGACUUGGGUCAUUUUUGUAAUACUAAAUUUUAAUUUAUUAGUAUGGUUGCUACCAGUGUAACAUGUGACGUCCUCAAUAUUUUGUGUGUCAACAUAAUUUGCAAGCUUCCUUUAGUAGAAAGAAGUAUAGGGCAGUAAGUCAGGUUUAGGGAAAUUUAUAAACAACUAGGCAGAACCUAACCUUUAUAGAAACCUAACCUAACCUGUAUAAAGUCUUCUGUAAUUCCCCCACUCUUCCUAUCAAUCAAGGGGUGUCUAAAUUAUUAUCUAAGCAUACAAAUGUUAUAUAUAAAAUAUGUCAUACUAAAUGUUAUACUAAAAUAUUAUUUCUGCUUCCAAAAAAAUUAUGCAAUUGAGCACUGGUAGCUACUGUAUUAAUUACACAAUACAAGAUGUUGAAUAAUUAAAACAAAUUUGAUAAAGAAUGAUUUCUUAACAGUUAAUAUUAUGAAAAGUAAUGUAGUGUUAUUUUUGUACUAUUAAAAUAGAACUGGAUGUUGAAAGCAAGAAGAAAAUUGCAAUGAAAUGAAUAACAAAAUAUUUGUUGUUAGUUUUAUCCAGGUCUUCAAUUAAACAGACGAAUGAUUCCUGAAUAAUUCAUGGAUACAGGUAAAAGGAAAGCUCGAUCUUUGGAAAUCGCGAUUUACAUGAAAAUUAUCUCCCACAGGAGAGCUUGCACGGCUAAGAAUCGAAUCGUGUUUGUAAUUAUAAAUAUAAUAUAUUCGUAAAAAACCAAAGUGCACAUUUUACACAUCAAGAUUAAUCGUGAUCCUUUAUUGCUUAAUGUGACAAUUGAUUUUAAAUUGUCUGUUGCGCGUGCUGAUUAUUGUAAUUAGUAGUUGGACGAGAUAAAACCGUCUCUAUCUUGCUUAUCAUUAAUCGUUUUGUAACGUACAUUUUAGAUUCGAAUAAUCGUUUUCUUUCUUCGCACGGAUACUUGGAAAUCAAAGAAAAAGAUACGUCCUGAAAAUUUAUGAAAAGAACACGCGACGAAAACAUAUCAUUAUCGAUAAUUUGCAUAAAAUCGUUCACGAUUAUUAUAAUUAACAGACGACGUGUCUUGGUUCAUUCGAGUCACCGAAAAAGAUGUAUCAGAUGAAGAGCAAAGUGAAAGAUAUUUGAAAAAAAAAUAUGGUUGUAACUGUAAUUAUGAAUUGUAGUUUACAGUUAUAGCUAUAACUAUAAAUUUAUAGUUAUUUAUUUUGAGCAAGUAUAGUUAUUUUGAGCUGUAAUUGUAGUAAUUUGUUACUGUAAUAUAUAAUACUAGUAUAAUGUUUUAUAUUAACAUAUUACUACAAUUAUAGUUAUAUCGUUGGAGGUAUGAUUAUAUAACUGCAGAUGUAAUUAUAAUUUUAUAGGUAUAGCUAUACUAAAGUAAAGUCACUAUAAUUAUAGUUAUAUUGCUAUAAUUAUAGGUGUAGUACAUAUCUGUAGUAGCGGACAAUAUCUACAAUUAUAAUUUUCCAGCUUUAAUUAAAGCAGCGCAAUGCUACUACAUUAAUGUGAUCAUAGCAGUUUAUAAUAUUUGCUACAGGGUUGUAUCUAUAAUUUUGUAUCUAUAGUUAUAGUAAUAAAUAAUAUUACUAUGGUAUUAACUAUGUUCUUUUCAGUAUAAUUACACUUAUGUAGUGUAAUAUUGUAUAACAUUACAAUAUUAAUAUAGCGUCAAACAGCUACUACAAUCAUAAUUUUAUAAAUCACAGCUGUAGUAAUAUAACAUUACUAUAAUUAUAGAUGCACAGUUAUAGCUAUAACUAUACUAAAAUUAUUUAAAACUUACAACUAUAAUUAUAACUACAAAAUUAUAGUUACAGCUAUACGUAUUAUGUAUGUAAUAUCUUUCCUUGCACUUUCAUCAUUUAUCACAUUACUUACAAACGAAUUAUUUCCACAAAAUAUCUUUCAAUUCACAAAUUGUGUAUACCUGCAUCAAUCCCAACUAUAGAAACGUAGCUUAGCGAAAGCGAAGGCGAUAUCAACAUUUGUUCACGUGUGAUUUGUUACUUAUAACGAUAGCUCGUAUGUCGUAUAUGUUCCUUUUCAUUGUUCGAGUGUCCUCUUUUUUUAAUUGUCGAUAGACUCUUGUAAAUUUUCAUUGACUUCGUAAUGGGAGAGAGGGUGUAAAGAGGUAUGACAAGAAAGUAAUUUGCGUGUGCGUGUUGUCGAACGAAUGAUCAUUGAAUGACUGGACGAAGAAAAUGGCGUCGUGUACAGUUUCCGUGUAAAUUAUUGAUACGUCGAAACGAUGAUGUUUUAGGGUGUACGCCGUUUACUAUUACGAUUUAACAUACAAUAUGAGAGUCAUAUAUUAUAUCAAACAAUAUCUAAUAUAUUAAAGCGAAACUAAAUUAUGUGAUACACGUAUAAA